AUGCCCUCCAAGAAGUCCACAAGGCCCAGCAGAGCCAAUGCACCCGCGGCGUCGCAUGAUAUUCGCCAAUGGUUUAAACCCAUUUCUGCGGAGUCGGUCGAAGAGAUUCCCCCUUCUUUGGCGAGCCCACCCGCAGCCCCAACGCCUGCCAGGAACAGAGACAGCAGUCAACCAGCCACCCCCCGGCAAACUCCUCAACCCCUGGCCUCUUCACUCGCUCAAGAUGGAGCCCCUCCACCUGCUCCUCUCAGUCAAACUCCAAACAAGAGGAAACGUGCAGUUAUUGUGGAUAGUGACGAUGAAUAUCAGGAGUACACAGCCCUGGAAAGAUCUCCUAGUCAACCAUCUGACCACCAUGUCAAUGAUUCACAAGUGCUGGAUGAUACGCAGAAAGGUCCACGAGAGCGGAGGUUUGAAGCACUCCUACCUACUCUCGUUGUUCGAACGCGCUACCGUGCCCCAAAGUCUUUGGCCCCAGAUGAGCCAUUCAACUUUAUCUACAACCUUCCGGCUAUCCCUGGCCAAGACUAUACCCCUGAGGUUGUAAAACAUCAGUCUGGAAAAUUCGCUGAUAUGGUCUCAUGGGAGUUACGGGCACGGAAGGUCGGCGAAUCGCAUGCAAAAAUGAUUUUGCGUGUCAGCACCAAAGACUUCACCAAACAAGAAGCUCUGGCAUUGUGUGAAAAGCUCGUCCAUGCGAAGAAGGUUUGGCGAGACCCUACUCAACUGGAGUCCCCCAAGGUGGGUGCAACUCCAGCCCUCAUCAAUUCACUCUGCAAAGCGGCGGUGCUCAGUCUUUUCCCGCACAAGCCAUUUCGAAUCGCAAAACCAGCUUUGACCCUCACAGAAGGCACUUGGUACUGGCUGGUGGUCUUGCCAUUCGUCGAUGUGGUCACGCACAAGCUCCAAAGUUUCAAGUGGAGAAUUCCAGUCAAGAAGCUGGAUUCGUCGAUCAAACCGAUUCCAGCAACGGAAAACGUUGUUUUCACAGUGAACCACGACCUCGCUUUGUAUAAGAGCAUUGGAGAUAUCCAGUCCGCGCCUGAGGCUACGAUACCGAAUGCGGACACAGCUUUGGCAACCUCAGCAUCCCGGACAUAUCAAUUUACUUGUCAUGCCGUGUCAACUUGGCUGCGGAAUCGGUCCCUUCUCCAGAGCUACGUCGAUACACAGCAGUUCAAGACGGAGAUCUUUGAGCUUUACUCUCCUUCCAACUGCACCACACGUGCCAAGAGACUCAUCCUCGGCGAGAAUGGUACGACCCAACUGUUCCGCCUGCGAGCAUGCAUCUUCGAUGUUCGCAUCAUACCUGGCGACCGGGUGUUGAUGGACCUACCUGGGCUCCCAUCCCUCAGAAUCAACUCGAGGAACAUGGGUUGGGCAGAGCCUAUCGGGGAUGCCGCCAUCAAUACCUGGCUAAAUACAAGCGACAUUCUGGCAGUGUGGCAGGCCAUGGCAAGAGACGUCGACAAUGCCAACGACCAAAUCUUUCGUGAUCAAGAGGCUCCAAAUAGCAUCCGUAUGGCUAUCGGGCGUGUUCAGGAGGUUGAACAUCGAUUCAUCAAUCAAUCUGGCACUGCGUACAUCAACGCAUACUCGGGGAUGCUGGUGCGGCCGCCAGUCUGCAGAAGCCAUCCGUUGAACCUUAGCAUCGACGCCAUCUUUCCUCUCGCAUUGGAUGCCACCGGUGCUCCUGGCUCGCAUGUGUCUGGAAACAUCGAAGUCAUUCCCUUCGCCCUAAACAUGUGCAAGCACACUCACUUGCCAAUUUUUCUCCAAGAAUUGGGGAAGUAUUACCGGCAGUGGAUUGCUUCCGUACCGUUUUACCAGUCCGGAGUGCCGACUGUGCGAAACGCUGUUGCGAUGCUGCAAGAGAAACUUGUUCACGACUGUCGUCGCUUCACCGACCUGAAGCUGAAAGUUCCUUGGUCCAAAGCUUCCAGGUUAAGGUUUGAGUUGAGCCCCGAACAGAUGAGAUAUCUCCGGGAUGAGUGGGUCUCAGGCAAGCCGCACCCGGGAGAUGACACCGUUGGAGAUGUCAAGGCCAUUGUUAAAGAAAUCGAGGACUGGACAGGAGUCGAUCUUAUCAAGUCUGAAGACGGUUGUGCUUACUUUGCACACGUUGACACUUUGCCCCGCGAUUGGAGUUGGGAAACUUGUGGACGCCUGAUGACUGAGAGAUAUUGGCGGAUGCGGAAUGGAUGCAACAAGAAGCACAAUACUGUGGACACCUCGACCACCCUCUAUCUAGAGUGUGUGUACCAGGCUUGCGUGAACAUCAUGGUCGUUCAAAAUUCGGAUCCAGAUCGCAGGGCCAAAGCCGAAGCCCAGGCCCAAUACGGGGAAUUUCUCGGCCUCCCGCUGGCGGUUGAAUACCACAAUCCAUUGAACUUUGCGCAUCUUUAUCCAGAUAUCAAGGAGAUGGUCGCGGAAAUCAAUAUUCCGCUGGAGUAUGCAAAUGAAAAUCUAGAGUUGGGGCCUUUUGAUGCUAGGUUGAGCCUUGGCAACGUGGUGGACAAUGGAGAAGAUGAGGACAAGGAAGGAAUUGAGGAUGAUAUGGACUGGAUGGCAAGCGAUGGGGAUGAGGAUGAGAUGGAGGAUUAA